UAUGUUUAUCCCGGGGUAAUGACGCAGUCAUUUAGUACGUCAAAGCGGCUGUUUUCCAUUCUUCAUUUCCAUUUUUCAAGCGGUAUGCAACGAUAUCGAGAAAAAUUUCGCUACUGAUAGUAUUCUUGAGUCUAGUAGAGUAUUUCAAUAGUUCUCUUGCGUGGCCAUGUUAUCUUUACUCGGGCCAAUCUGUGACCUCUAUUGACGUUGCGUUCGAAGGAAUCACAAAAACAAAAUUCAUUAAUAUAGGAGGACUUCUAUGAAUAUUACGUUUUGAUGGUGCGAACAUCUGUGAUGCGAACCUUAAAGCUCAAAAAAACUUUGAUACCAUGGUACGCACUACGCACAUGGUACGAGUCUGCCAUUGACAGUGUAUACGUUUUGUGAUUGACAGUGAAUUUGACACUGACGUUUUGAGUAAUUGAAAUGUUUUGCUUUUCAUUUUCAUUAACCUUCAAAUGUAAAAUUAUCCGAAUGAAAUAUGAAUCAUAAAGAUAACAAUUUGAUAAAACGUAUGAAAAUAAUUUAGACAUGGAAUACCCUCGGGAACCACCACCUCCAUAUUCACCAACAGCACCCCCUUUUCCAGGGGUUCACCAGAAUGUAAAAUCCAGUGACAUGCCCUCUAGCCUUCCACCUAGUACUAUCUAUGGCCAUCCGAGCUAUGGGGCCACUCAUGCCACUGAAACCAUUAUCAUCCGGCCAGCCCCCGUAGUUGUUGUUGAUUGGUGUGCUGGAAAAUGA